AUCUGUUGUAUGUAUUCAUGUUUUAUCUUAAUUGCUAUUAGGGCAUGACUGCUCCUAAAGCGAGCAUGUUACGAACAGCUGUACUAACUUUGCUGCUUUCCACGAUUAGCUUGCGUUUUACCUUUGGCUUAGAUGCACCUGAUGGCUCGCUUACAAGGAAUGCUACGGUGUCGCUUUCUUCGAACUCAGACGGAAAUGCCACGCUUGCAAUUCGCGACGGCCUUGAUGGCACCUUUUGGCAAAGCGGAGCCUGCUUUCCUACUGACUACAUUUCUCGGCCGUCCAUGAACACCGUCUACCUCCGCUGCAAUACGUCCUCUGGCGCAUGUACCGCCUCUGCCGGGACCUCCAACCUCAACCUCACCACCGAUGGCCGGACCGACACGUCCACCACCGUUGCCUUGGCUUCUGGCCGCGCCUGGCUCCGCAUCUCCCUCCCCUCCCCCACCAAUCUGACCCGACUGGGCUUCCGGGGUGUCUUCCCCGCCGCGCCCGCAUCUGACCCCACCGCUCCAACUGUCUGGCUUUCCCUGGAGCUCUCCAAUCGCUCGCUUGUUCCGGCGCUGGCGCUCAACGGCAGCUCCUCCUACAAGUUCAUGGCCCUGACCGGCAGCUGGCCCGACGUCGCGGCGCUGGUGGUGGCGGCCAAUGCCAGCUUCACGGUGACGGAGCUGGCCGCACAGCCGGGCGGGGCGGCGGGCGGGUGCUACGAGAGCGCCACGGUGGACAUGGGGGCGCUGGUGGACGUAGGCUCUGUGCGCGUGCGCUACUACAGCUCCACCUCCCAGGCCGCCUGGCUGCUCGCCUCCCAGGACGGCUCCUCCUGGGCCGAGCUGCUGCCGGGCGGACUCGACCUCAGCAAGACAGGGGCGGUGUGGGUCACGCCGCCGGCAGCUGUCAGGGCUCGCUACUUGAUGGUGAAGCACCAGCUGGUCGAGAAGGACUUUGCAAAGGUGUCAAUCUGGGGCAUCGAUGCCUACCCGCCCGCUCCUUCGCCGCCACUGCCAGCAGCACAGCCGACAUCUCUGACACCGCCGUUACCGCUAUCAUCCCGAUCUCCCACACCACCACCGCAAGCGCAAGUAGCUCAGCCGCCGACUCCCCGGCCGCCAGUCUUGCAACCGCCGUCACCGCCCCCGCUGGGACUGCCAAAUCCUUCUCCUCGGCCACCUUCGCCAACACCCCCGCCGCCAUCGUCUCAGCAGUCGCCGUCACCGCCGCCACCACAAAAGCUGCCAUCACCACCGCCGACGCCACAAACGCUGAUGCCACCGCCACCAGCAUCUCAAACGCCAUCACCGCCGUCACCAAAGCCCCCACCGCCGCCAUCACCAAAGCCGCCGACGUCGCCACCGCCGCCGUCACCAAAGCCGCCAUCGCCACCGCCGCCAUCACCAAAGCCGCCGUCGCCACCGCCGCCAUCACCAAAGCCGCCGUCGCCUCCGCCGCCGUCACCAAAGCCACCGCCACCACCGCCGCCGUCACCGAAGCCACCGUCACCACCGCCGCCGUCACCAAAGCCGCCGUCGCCACCGCCGCCGUCACCAAAGCCACCGUCACCUAGCCCGCCUCCCCCACGGCCCCCGCCGCCAUCGCCACGGCCCCCUAAACCGCAACCACCGCCACCCUCUCCGUCGCCUCCAUCACCCCGCCCGCCCCUGUCGCCUCCGUCGCCUCCUCGUCCCCCCGCCUCGUCCUCGUGGAAUGCGAACGCCGGAGCUGUGGUGUCCUACACCUAUGGGGCCACGGUGAUUGUGUCGUCCAACUUCGACCAGGCCGCCAUCCCUAACAUCGUGGACAGCAACGACAACACCCAGUGGCAGAGCGACGCCUGCCACCCGACUGGCUACACCUCCCGCCCCGCCAUGAACCCUCUGCUGCGCCUCUGCAACUCCUCCGCCUCCGCCUGCACCGCCUCGCCCGCCUCCGCCAACCUGCCCGCAGCCACCGACACCAGCGUCUACACAUCGGCCGCCAUCGAGCCGGACGCAAGCAAGCCAGCAAACGCAUCGGACGCAGCCUUCUUCGCCAUCAAGCUCCCGGACGGCCCCAUGACGGUCCUGUCGCUCAGCGUCAAGGGGUGGUAUGGCCUGUCAGGCGGAGUACGUGCUAACACGACUGCAGUUUACGUUGUGAUGCAGCCACCCGGUCAGGCAAAGCAGCGAGUGCUUGCAAUAACACUGAAGAAGGGUGUGCAUGACUACAACUGGGUACACGUGCGGGGCCCCUGGAGCAACGUGGUUUCAGUGCGGCUGGAGAGCUCUUCCCGGUUCAUGCUGACCGAGGUGGCGGUGCAGGUGACCCCCUGCGUGGAGCAGGCGGUGGUGGACAUGGGGGCGGUCAGGGCGGUGGGGGUGCUGCGCUUCAAGUACUGGUCGAUGGACGCCAUCAACUCCAGCCUGGCGGUGUCGGCGGACAACGUGACGUGGGACGUCCUGCGGGAUGGCAUGGACCCCACCAUCGUGUCUGCCAUCGAGCUCUACCUGCCCAGCAUGAUAAACAUCCGCUACAUCCGCAUCCGCCACAACGUGAAGGAGGAUGCAGACUGGCGCAAGGUGUACGUGUUCGGCAUUGACGCAUACGACCAGUACGGCCGCUGGGGGCCCCCGCCGGACCCGCAGCCGCACCCCUCCUCGCUGAGGGCCAUGCUGGGGGUCAACGGCAUCUGGGGCUGGGGCUUCAACCAGUUCUCAAAGACGCUCCACGCGCAGGGCAAGGGCCCCGACAUGUACACUGCGAUCGCCACAUGGGGGCGUGACUACCACAACCUGCACUGGGAUGUCAGGUCGCCUCUCAACAACCCCAAGUACGACACUAUGGCCAAGACAGGUACGGACGUGUUUUGGUGGCUUAACUGGGAUAACGAGUACGUGGGCUGGAAGGCGGCGGGGCUAAAGGUCGACGCCUCCAUACAGUUUACAUGGGAUGUGUUUCCCCAAUCCAAGUGGGGCACCAACGUCACCAACACCACCUACAGGCUGGGUUAUGCGUUUGGAAAGCACUUUGGCCCGGGGCGCGCUCCUGCCAAUGUCAGUCUCGACGCCGUGGAAGUGGGCAACGAGCCAUGGGUUGGCUACAAUGCAAGCUUCUAUCGCGAGGUUCUUCGUGGCUUCGCCCGGGGCAUCAAAGACGCGGACCCGACCUUCCGACUGCUCACAUGCGCAUUGCAGGCUGACAACCCGCUUGCGGAGGGAGACUCGGGCAACUUCAUUGGCGCCCGCCUGCCCCAGGACGUGGCGCCCCUGGUUGACGUGCUCAACACACACACCUACUCCUGGUAUCGCGAGCUGAACGGAACCUACCUGGGGGUGCACCCGGAGCAUCCAGGCACCACCAUGAACUCCCUGAACAACUUCCUGGCGUGGCGCACUGCCAACAUGCCCGGCACCCCCGUGUGGGUGACUGAGUGGGGCUGGGACGCGCACCUGCCCGGGGAGGUGUGCGACACCACGCUGUGUGUCAGCCAGCACGCGCAGGCGCUGUACGCCAUCCGCGGCCUGCUCAUCAUGGCGCGAAAGGGGGUUCAGCAGGCCAUCUGGUUCUUCUACGCCAACGGAGACGUUGGCAGCGGUGUGUUCACCCGUAGCGGCCUGCGUGGCAGCAACUCGACCCAUUUCCCCACGCUGCCCGUGUACUCUGCGCUGAGCUCGUUCCUGCAGCUGGCCGGCUCCUCCGGCUUCCUGGGGCUGGCGGCGGAGCGCACCGACCUGUACGCCUACCUGCUGGGGCCGCCCAAGCAGCCGGACGGCAGCACGUCCACCGCAGCCGCCGCAACGCACCUGGUGGCGUGGAGGCCCGUGGGCGCGGGAGAGGGGCCGGACGAGCCCGCAGCGGCCGCCAACCUGACCCUGGCCCGGACCCCACUGCAGGCGUGGGUGCUCAGCGGGCAGGGCGCCACCCUGGUGACCAACCUGAGCUCCGUGCUGAGCCUGACGGGGGACAGCAGCUGGAGCAUACAGGUGUCAGCAAUACCGCUGCUGAUACUGCUGCAGUAGGGUUCCGGUAUUUCCUUUUAUUACGUGUUAUUGUGUGCAGUAGCUGUUAUUGCAUAGCAGCCGGGAUAUGGCUUAGCGAUCGAUACUCUUUUCACUAAUCAGCCAAAUGAUGGUGUACAGUCCAGUAGCAGGCUUGUGUAUUGCUUGUAUUGGGGACUUUUACUGUAUAGGGAGUGGGGUCUUCUAUGAGUGCCGGAUUCAUCUUGUUGCUCGAGUCUUCGGAUGGCAAGCGUAGUGUCGGUUACUCGGCUGGAAACUGUGUCGAAAGUGGAUUUCUAAAUCACUGCAAUAGCGUGUAGUGCAGUUGUCAUGUUUUCGGCCCUGGCUGUCGGCGGCUCUUGAUACCGCAAUGUGUGCAGAUUGCGUGUACAUGGGCAACCUGGAUGGAGUGCUGCCAGUCGAAUCGGUUCCGGUUUUUACCUCGUACAGCACGUAGUGAAUUGUAGUGGAUUGGCGUCUAGAGAGCACAAUGAUCGCUGCUAUGUAUAUCAUUCCUGCGAUAGCCAGCUGUGUACUGGCUACCCCUGCAAUCUGCAGCUUCCUGGGUAAGCGUAUUUUCUGCACGCUGGGACUCUUCACUGCGUAUGUCGGGACUUUGCCAAGGCUGAGACUGUUUUACUACUCCUUCAUCGAUUUGUUCCUAUUAUGCGCUGCCAGCAGUGCACAGACAUCGUCUGGAAGGUGGAUGUUUCAUGGUUUUCGGCUUUCCCCUGUAUUGUCUCAAGAUCUCCCUCGUGCUCUGUUUCUAAAGAGGAUUUCGUGAGGCCACGCCAAUCGCAAAUAAACUGAUCUAUUACAUAUCAUAAAUACAUCAUUGGUCGUGGGUUCGAUACUGGAAAAGUGCCAUGCCCAUGCAUGGACUCUGAGGAGCAGUGAAGACGUGGGAUACAGAAGUCGCUCACAAGUACUGCAGGUGCGUGCGCGAGGCAACGAGGAUGAUGAACUUGGUACUUGGACCUGGUUACGAAACCCGUACUCGCAAACCUUACGGCAGCGGGCUGCAUGCUAACUGACUUAUGGAUUACCGUACUUUAACAACGUAGCGUACAGAAGCUAUAGCUUAAUUCACAAAAAGAGUACGCGUCCUUGCCCAAGUAAACGCUUCGUCGGGGCAUGAAGGCCCAUUCCAAGCAUGUUUCGAAAAGCUCUGUUGACCUUGGUGCUACUUGCAGCUAGCCUUUCGUAUGCUCAUGGAGUUGAUGCGCCUGAAGGCUCGCUUACAAGAAAUGCAACAGUACUCCUUUCCUCCAAUUGGGACGCAAAUAGCACGCUGGCGGUUCGCGACGGCAUAGACAACACCUUUUGGCAAAGUGGAGCCUGCUUUCCUACUGACUACAUUUCUCGGCCGUCCAUGAACACCGUCUACCUCCGCUGCAAUACGUCCUCUGGCGCAUGUACCGCCUCUGCCGGGACCUCCAACCUCAACCUCACCACCGAUGGCCGGACCGACACGUCCACCACCGUUGCCUUGGCUUCUGGCCGCGCCUGGCUCCGCAUCUCCCUCCCCUCCCCCACCAAUCUGACUCGACUGGGCUUCCGGGGUGUCUUCCCUGCCGCGCCCACAUCUGACCCCACCGCCCCUACUGUCUGGCUUUCCCUGGAGCUCUCCAAUGGCUCGCUUGUUCCGGCGCUGGCGCUCAACGGCAGCUCCUCCUACAAGUUCAUGGCCCUGACCGGCAGCUGGCCCGACGUCGCGGCGCUGGUGGUGGCGGCCAAUGCCAGCUUCACGGUGACGGAGCUGGCCGCACAGCCGGGCGGGGCGGCGGGCGGGUGCUACGAGAGCGCCAUGGUGGACAUGGGGGCGCUGGUGGACGUAGGCUCUGUGCGCGUGCGCUACUACAGCUCCACCUCCCAGGCCGCCUGGCUGCUCGCCUCCCAGGACGGCUCCUCCUGGGCCGAGCUGCUGCCGGGCGGACUCGACCUCAGCAAGACAGGGGCGGUGUGGGUCACGCCGCCGGCAGCUGUCAGGGCUCGCUACUUGAUGGUGAAGCACCAGCUAGUCGAGAAGGACUUUGCAAAGGUGUCAAUCUGGGGCAUUGAUGCCUACCCGCCCACUCCUUCACCGCCUCUUCCAGCAGCACAGCCGACAACUCUGACACCACCGUUACCGCUAUCGUCCCGAUCUCCAACACCACCACCGCAAACGCAAGUAGCUCAGCCGCCGACUCCCCGGCCGCCAGUCUUGCAGCUGCCGUCACCGCCCCCACUGGGACUGCCAAAUCCUUCUCCUCGGCCACCUUCACCAUCACCCCCGCCGCCAUCGUCACAGCAGUCGUCGUCACCGCCUCCUACACAAAAGCGGCCAUCACCACCGCCGACGUCACAAACGCUGAUGCCACCGCCACUAGCCUCUCAAAAGCCACCACCGCCUUCACCAAAGCCCCCACUGCCGCCCUCGCCAAAGCCGCGGCCAUCACCACCGCCGACGUCACCAAAGCCGCCAUCGCCACCUCCGCCGUCACCAAAGCCACCGUCGCCACCUCCGCCGUCACCUAAGCCACCGUCGCCACCUCCGCCGUCACCAAAGCCGCCGUCACCAAAGCCGCCGUCGCCAAAGCCACCGUCACCACCUCCGCCGUCACCAAAGCCACCGUCACCACCGCCGCCGUCACCAAAGCCACCGUCACCUAGCCCGCCUCCCCCACGGCCCCCGCCGCCAUCGCCACGGCCUCCUAAACCGCCACCACCGCCACCCUCUCCGUCGCCUCCAUCACCCCGCCCGCCCCUGUCGCCUCCGUCGCCUCCUCGUCCCGCCGCCUCGUCCUCGUGGAAUGCGGAUGCUGGAGCUGUGGUGUCCUACACCUAUGGGGCCAAGGUGACUGUGUCGUCCAACUUCGACCAGGCCGCCAUCCCGAACAUCGUGGACAGCAACGACAACACCCAGUGGCAGAGCGACGCCUGCCACCCGACUGGCUACACCUCCCGCCCCGCCAUGAACCCCCUGCUGCGCCUCUGCAACUCCUCCGCCUCCGCCUGCACCGCCUCGCCCGCCUCCACCAACCUGCCCGCAGCCACCGACACCAGCGUCUACACAUCGGCCACCGUCGAGCCGGACGCAAGCAAGCCAGCAAACGCAUCGGACGCAGCCUUCUUCGCCAUCAAGCUCCCGGACGGCCCCAUGACGGUCCUGUCACUCAGCGUCAAGGGGUGGUACGGCCUGUCAGGCGGAGUACGUGCUAACACGACUGCAGUUUACGUUGUGAUGCAGCCACCCGGUCAGGCAAAGCAGCGAGUGCUUGCAAUAACACUGAAGAAGGGCGUGCAUGACUACAGCUGGGUACACGUGCGGGGCCCCUGGAGCAACGUGGUUUCGGUGCGGCUGGAGAGCUCUUCCCGGUUCAUGCUGACUGAGGUGGCGGUGCAGGUGACCCCCUGCGUGGAGCAGGCGGUGGUGGACAUGGGGGCGGUCAGGGCGGUGGGGGUGCUGCGCUUCAAGUACUGGUCGAUGGACGCCAUCAACUCCAGCCUGGCGGUGUCGGCGGACAACGUGACGUGGGACGUCCUGCGGGAUGGCAUGGACCCCACCAUCGUGUCUGCCAUCGAGCUCUACCUGCCCAGCAUGAUAAACAUCCGCUACAUCCGCAUCCGCCACAACGUGAAGGAGGACGCGGACUGGCGCAAGGUGUACGUGUUCGGCAUUGACGCAUACGACCAGUACGGCCGCUGGGGGCCCCCGCCGGACCCGCAGCCGCACCCCUCCUCGCUGAGGGCCAUGCUGGGGGUCAACGGCAUCUGGGGCUGGGGCUUCAACCAGUUCUCCAAGGACUUGCACAAGCAGGGCAAGGGCCCCGACAUGUACACUGCGAUCGCGUCCUGGGGCCGCAACUACCACAACCUGCACUGGGACGUCAAGUCGCCCCUCAACAACCCCAAGUACGACACCAUGACCAAGACAGGCACGGACAAGUUCUGGUGGCUUAACUGGGAUAAUGAGUACGUGGGUUGGAAGGCGGCGGGCCUCAAGGUCGACGCCUCCAUACAGUUUACAUGGGAUGUGUUUCCCCAAUCCAAGUGGGGUGCAAACGUCACCAACACCACCUACUGGCUGGGUUAUGCGUUUGGCAAGCACUUUGGUCCGGGGCGCGCACCUGCCAAUGUCAGCCUGGACGCCGUGGAGGUGGGCAACGAGCCAUGGACCGGCUACAACGCCAGCUUCUAUCGCGAGGUUCUUCGUGGCUACGCUCGCGGCAUCAAGGAUGCGGACCCGACCUUCACACUGCUCACAUGCGCGCUGCAGGCUCAAAACCGGCUGGACUCGGGCAACUACAUAGGCGCCCGUCUGCCCCAGGACGUGGCGCCCCUGGUUGACGUGCUCAACACGCACACCUACUCCUGGUAUCGCGAGCUGAACGGAACCUACCUGGGGGUGCACCCGGAGCAUCCAGGCACCACCAUGAACUCCCUGAACAACUUCCUGGCGUGGCGCACUGCCAACAUGCCCGGCACCCCCGUGUGGGUGACUGAGUGGGGCUGGGACGCGCACCUGCCCGGGGAGGUGUGCGACACCACGCUGUGUGUCAGCCAGCACGCGCAGGCGCUGUACGCCAUCCGCGGCCUGCUCAUCAUGGCGCGAAAGGGGGUUCAGCAGGCCAUCUGGUUCUUCUACGCCAACGGAGACGAAGGCAGCGGUGUGUUCACCCGUAGCGGCCUGCGUGGCAGCAACUCGACCCACUUCCCCACGCUGCCCGUGUACUCUGCGCUGAGCUCGUUCCUGCAGCUGGCCGGCUCCUCCGGCUUCCUGGGGCUGGCGGCGGAGCGCACCGACCUGUACGCCUACCUGCUGGGGCCGCCCAAGCAGCCGGACGGCAGCGCGUCCACCGCAGCCGCCGCAACGCACCUGGUGGCCUGGAGGCCCGUGGGCGCGGGAGAGGGGCCGGACGAGCCCGCAGCGGCCGCCAACCUGACACUGGCCCGGACCCCCCUGCAGGCGUGGGUGCUCAGCGGGCAGGGCGCCACCCCGGUGACCAACCUGAGCUCCGUGCUGAGCGUGACGGGGGGCAGCAGCUGGAGCAUACAGGUGUCAGCAAUACCGCUGCUGAUACUGCUGCAGUAGGGUGGCACUGAUACAUAUCGUGUCAAAUGAUAGCGCGCGUACGGUUUUGCGCAACUAGCACAAGACUUGGCUUACGUAUUUAUUCUGCGCACGAUGGGAAUUAUUAUGCUUAAUAAUCACAAUGCUGGGCGUUAUCUACAUGCACCCACAACGGCUUCCUAGCUUGCUGGGCCAGUGCCGGCCAUCCCCUAAUCCAAUUACAAGUAAAAAGCUCUAGCACUUCUGGUAAGUGUGCUCCUUUCAUGCUAGGGUGGCAUGCACCCGUCAUGUGGCGUGCGGGCGCCGGGACACAAGAUAUGCAUCACUGCUGAACUGAUCCGUCUGGGCUAACGUACCGGACGGUUUUAGCGCCUUUAACCCUUUAAGUAACGUCGCAUGCAUGGUAUGCGCGAACAUUAUGCAAGGUAGCGCUGAAGAUGUAUGGCUGGUGGGCUAUGCUACACACUGGCGGAGGAGGUCAUGGUCAUCUCCAAUUCCCCUCUCAAAUAUGGCAUUAGCUGAAGUAUUUGUAGUGGGUAAUGUGUUAUUCAUACUAUGUAUUGGGUGCGUGAGCUCCUUGGGUGUUAGUCAUGGAGGUGUACCCAAGACAUGAGCGGCAGGAUGUGUUGUGUUGUGAGCUGGUGUCACGAUGCAGGAUGCAUGCCCUGGACCCUGUUUGUGUGUGCAAGGCGACCGUGACACCGCCGCUGAGUGCGAGGACAA